AUGAAGAUUGCCAAGUGCAGGAGCUCCUGGUGUCGGGAAUUGGACGUUGACUUUGUUGUCAGGUUCUUGAUUUUGGUGAUGCUCCCAGACGAGCUUCAUGCUGAGGCUAUUUGCUUUGGGUUGGAGUUGACCCAGUGCUUGAACAAGACUUGGGGGGCAUUUGCUUGUGCUGGUAGCUGCCCGUAUUGGCUGGACAGUGGGAAAACUGCUCCAGGGAUUCCCCCUGGACUUCCUCAUCAUCAUUCUACGGAUCAUGGUCCUAAGGAAUGUUUUGGAAAUGGACUGUUCCACAUCAACCCGGCAGUUAUUGGAUCAGGAGGUGAUCCUUUCAGGCAGAUGGACGAGAUCUUAAGUCAGAAGAUGUUCCUGGAGGUCUUCUCUGCGGACUUCUUGUGCUUGGACCCCAAGAGAGCUGUGUCUGGACGCUUUGUUGUGGGAUCAUCAGUUUGAAUUGGAAACUCCUC